GCAACAUAUCAGAUCAUAUGCUACUGUAUCUUUUUGUUACAAAACAUGAAAUCUUUUACUAGCAGGAUGUUACGCAGCUGUCAUUUACUGCCCUCUACUGGAAGCUUUACACUCACCCUUUUCUUGCUUUUUCCAACACCCGUCACCUGAGUAAGUGAGGAAAAUGAAUGAGUUCUAUUGGGAGGGGAACACGUCUCGGGUGUCCGCCAACAGACGAGAGGUCCGUUUACAGAAGAAAUGCCACUUGCAUGUACUCUAAUGACGAGGUGAAACCGGAGUUUCCAGUUCCUCGUAUCCGUAUCUGCGCUGUGCAUGUAGACUGCUGUGCUCACGGGCGGAAGAGACUGUGGGGCUGGACUGAAGAGCCUUUGUGAAUCGUAAUUUGUUAAAAGCUACCUCUGGUUUUUGAAACAAUGCAUGCCACACGCUCCCUCCUCUCCCUUGUGGUGAUCAUAACAUGCGAUUUGAUGACGGAAAAGCACAAUUGCCUGGCCUCCCAGAAGAAGACCUCUUGCAGCGUGCAAGAUGGCAGAGCUGACUGCAGCCACCUCAGCCUCACCGCGGUGCCUCGUGACCUUCCCAAAGGCAUCACCAGCCUGGAUGUGUCUCACAACAGACUGAAGACCAUCCCCCCCGCGUCACUCGCCCUGUACCCAGGCCUCCGCCACCUCAACGUCAGCUACAACAGUAUCACCAGGCUGGAGCGGGGUCUGUGCCAGACGCUGCCUCUGCUGCAGACACUGAACAUGGAGCACAAUGUGGUGCACGUGCUGGAGAUGGAGGACGUGAGCCACUGCACCAAUUUAACACAAUUGGUUAUGGCUAGUAAUAAGCUACAGCUUCAUGGGGCGCCCUUCUCUGCGCUACAGAGCCUCAGAGUCCUUGAUGUGUCCAAAAACAAACUGCAGUCAGCCAGCCUCGGCUCUCAGCCUCAGCUGCCCGGCCUUGUGAGCCUCAACCUGGCAUUCAGUUACUUCACUACACUGAAGAAAGACGACUUCUCGUAUCUUAGUCAUUCGUCCUUCCUGCGGGUCCUCAACAUAUCAUCCGUGCCGCUGAAAACGUUGGAGCCUGGCUGCUUUAAGCCCAUUUCUGGCCUACGUACUUUGAUCAUGGAUGGAAGUCAAAUGGGCACGAAUGUUAUUUCUAAACUCUGUUCGGAGUUGGCGGUGACGGCCAUCGAUGCCUUGUCUCUUCAGAAGACGAAGCUGAUCACACUCCCGAAGGCAGCCUUUGCAGGGCUACAGAAGACAAACAUAACCUUUCUGGAUCUGUCCCGUAACACAAUGGGCAAAAUUGAAGGCGGUGCAUUCAGCUCGCUGUCUAGACUUCAGACUCUAAUCUUGUCGGACAACAACAUCACACGCCUGAGCAAUGACACAUUUCAGGGGCUCAAUAGUUUGAAAACACUCCAAUUGACAAAAGCCCUGGUGAAAAGUCACCGCAUCCCGAUUAUCGAGGAUUUCUCCUUCCAACCACUGGGUGCCCUUGAGAGUUUGAUACUGCAGAGAACUGUCGUUCAUGAAAUUACCGAGCACACAUUUUCAGGCUUGACAAGUCUUCGGGAACUGGAUUUGAGCUUCAGUAAUUAUACAUCGCUCAAAAUCAUCACCAACAAGACGUUCGUCUCACUCGCGGGAUCGCCUCUCACAAAGCUGAAUCUGACAUGGACGGCCAUCGCAAAGAUUGAUCCUGGAAGCUUCUCCGUUUUGAGAAACCUCACCACCCUCGUUCUGGAUUUCAACUUUAUCAAGCAAGUUCUCACCGGCAGAGAGUUUGAAGGCCUGGACCAGGUCGAAGAGAUUCACAUGUCAGUUAACCACCAGACGGUCGGUCUGAGCUCCACGUCUUUCGUGAACGUGCCCAACCUGAGGAUCCUGACUUUGGGGAGAAGUCUCACAGCCGAAGCGGUGAACGUGGAUCCCUCUCCAUUCAGUCCGCUGGCCAAACUCACGGUCCUGGAUCUCAGCAACAACAACAUCGCAAACAUCCGUGUGAAUAUGCUGGAAGGGCUCGUGAACCUCAAAGUGCUGAUGCUCCAACAUAAUAACUUAGCCCGUGUGUGGAAGAGCGGAAACCUAGGCGGUCCGGUGCUGUUUCUCAAAAGCGCAGAGAGGUUGACGACCUUACAUAUGGACAGUAACGGGCUGGAUGAGAUCCCGGCAGAGGCUCUCAGUGGGUUGGGCAACCUGCGUGAAAUCAGCCUGGCCAACAACCUCCUUAACAAUCUGCAGAACUCCAUUUUUGACCAUCUGAGCUCACUGCGGGUUUUAAAUCUACAAAAGAACCUGCUCACAGCUGUGAGGCCACAGGUGUUCCAAGCUCCUUUGCGCAACCUUAGCCUGCUUCUCAUGGACAGAAAUCCAUUUGACUGCACGUGUGAGAGCAUGGUGUGGUUCGUGAAAUGGUUGAACAGUACAAAUGGGACAAGAGUGCCCGGUCUCAGGGACCAGUAUCUGUGCAACACCCCGCUGGCUUACUUUAACCGCUCUGUCAUGGUCUUCGACACCCUCUCCUGUAAAGAUAUGACCCCAUUUCAGGCUCUUUACAUACUGAGCAGCACUGUCGUCAUCACCCUGAUGGUAUCUGCGCUUCUGGUGCGGUUCCAAGGCUGGAGGAUCCAGUUCUACUGGAACAUAUUGAUCAACCGCGCAUUAGGAUUCAGCGACGCCGAGGUUGAAGAGGGCAGGGAGUUUGAGUACGAUGCUUACGUCAUCCACGCGGAGAAAGACGCCAGCUGGGUGGAGAGGAGGAUAGCCCCCCUAGAGAAUGACAUGUGCAGAUUUUGUUUGGAGGAUCGAGAUUCGGUCCCCGGCAUGUCAAAGCUCGAAUCCAUCGUGGACAACAUGAGAAAGUCCAGAAAGAUCUUGUUCGUCGUCACUGAGACUCUUCUCAGAGAUCCCUGGUGUAGGAGAUUUAAAGCCCAUCAUGCACUUCACCAGGUCAUUGAAGCCAGCAGGGACUCUGUAGUUCUGGUCUUCCUGCAGGACGUCCACGACUUCAAGUUGUCUCGCUCCCUCUUCCUCCGUCGGGGCAUGCUGCGUUCAUGCUGCGUCCUGGACUGGCCCGUCCAUAAGGAGAGGGUGCCGGCCUUUCACCAGAAGCUCCUCAUAGCACUGGGCAUGACAAAUCGAUUGCAAGAGUGAUUGUGCUUCAUUUGUAAGAAUUAGAAAUGAAUUGUGUAAUAAUAUUUAUCUGUUUGAUUAAUUGCGACCGCUUGCAGCUUGUUUUGCCCUCUGAAUAUUGCACUCACCGUAGAUAUGCCCUCAGUUUUAUGCAUAUAAAUUGCACCUUAGAAUCAACAAGAAUGUAAGUGGUAAUGAACGAAAGGAGGGGUUUGCCUGCAGACACAGCACAAUUACUUAUUUGCUUUCUGUGUUUAUUUUUCUAUAUUUAUUGUUAUACUGUUCAAGUAUUGUGAGUUAUAAAAAUCAUCAUAUUGUCCAAUUUUUCAAACAAAUCUCAGUUGAACAGUUACAUUUUGAAAAUCCCUAAUCAGCAAUUUACAAUAUACACUUCUUAACAUACUGCAUCUAAAAUAAAAACUUUCAAAUUGUUA